AUGGCUUCAAUGGCACCACCAAAAGUCUAUUCUGGCUGUUACUGUAAGACUCGCUGCGUCAAACACCGCAACGGUUUCACUCGUCCUCGUAUCCUCUUUUGUCAGCAGCAGUACAACGACAACGACAACAACAAACCCCAACAUCAAAUUGCUCGAAGGGAAAUAGUACUGAGGAGCAGUGAAUUAGCGGUAAUUGGUGCCAUUUUCAAUCUCAGUGGAAAAAAACCUGAUUACCUUGGAGUGCAAAAGAAUCAACCAGCUUUAUCGUUGUGUCCAGCUACCAAGAAUUGUGUUUCAACUUCGGAGAAUAUCACUGAUAUUACCCACUAUGCCCCUCCAUGGAACUACAAUGGUGGUAGAAAAAAGCCUGUCAGCAAAGAAGUGGCAAUGGAAGAGCUUCUUGAUGUGAUUAGAUCAACAGAACCAGGGAAAUUUACACCAAAGAUUGCAGAGAGGAACGAUGAUUAUGUGCACGUGGAAUACCAAAGUCCUAUUUUAGGGCUCGUCGAUGAUGUUGAGUUUUGGUUUCGGCCAGGGAAUAACGCAAUUGUGGAGUAUCGAUCUGCAUCCCGCUUGGGAAACUUUGAUUUUGAUUACAACAGAAAGAGAAUCAAGGCAUUGAGAAUGGAGCUGGAGAAGAAAGGAUGGGCAUCUGCAGAUGGUUUCUGA